GUGGGAAUGUAAGUUUGACUAUGAAGUCUUAUUGUUGUUGGAAAGAAGGGAAGAAACUACAAAAGGGCACCGAAAACAAAAUGUAUACCAAGUUAGAUUAUCGUACUGGUUGUAAAGCGAUGUUACAGUUUUCUAUUAGUUGUGAUGGUGAAUGGACUGUCUCAAAGCAUAUUAUUGAUCACAACCAUGCUUUCUGUGCAAUUGGUCAAAGACACCUGCUGAAAUCACAUAGAGGCGUUGAUCGUGAGUAUCUUGAAUUUAUUAUGUUGAUGAAGGAGAGUGGAACAAAGGUUUCAGAUGUUCACAGGAUGCUUCAAAAACAGGCUGGUGGUGUUAGUGCUCUUGGAUUCACGAAACGUGAUGCUUAUAACGUUCUAGAAUCUGAAAGAAGUAAAACGUUUGAUGGUACUGAUUCGAACACUUUGAUUGGUAUAUUUAAGAAAAGGGCUGAAGUGGAAUGUGAUUUUUUCUUUGAUUUUGAGUUGGUUGAUGGUAUACUGACUUGUUUUUUCUGGAGAGAUGGUCAAAUGAGAUCUGAUUAUGAGAGGUUUGGAGAUCUUGUUGUGCAUGAUACAACUUACAGGACUAACAAGUAUGAUAUGAUCUGUGGUCCAUUUAUUGGUAUGAAUCACCACUGUAAAAAUAUAAUGUUUGGUUGUGGCUUUAUUCUAAAUGAAAGGGUGGAGUCUUUUGUUUGGUUAUUUCAGACUUUUCUGAAAUCUAUGGGUGGUAAACACCCCAUCAGUUUCAUGACAGACCAGUCAUUUUCCAUGGCAACGGCUAUCAAAUAUGUAUUUCCUGGGGCGAGACAUAGACUCUGCACUUGGCAUAUAGAUGAGAAUUCAAAGAAACACAUCAUGCAUCUACGCAAGAAGAUAAAUUUUGUUUCUCUUUUUGAUUAUGUUGUCAAACGAUGUGAUACUGUUGCAGAGUUUGAUUUCUAUUGGAAUGAAUUGAAUACAGUUUAUGAAUGCAGUGACAACACAUGGUUGAAGAGGCUGUACAGUCAUAAAGAAAAGUGGUGUCCUGCUUUUUCGAAGGAUUACUUCUCUGGUGGUGUUUUAUCCUCUCAAAGAAGUGAAUCUACAAAUAGAUCUAUAUCUAGAAGACUUACCAAGACUGCAACAUUAUGUGAUUUUUACAAAAUGUUUUGUGAUGUUGUUGAUGAAUGGAGGUUAGAUGAGAAUGGUCAUGAUUUUAGAUGUUCUGAAGGCACCGUUGAGAUGGUAUUGCUACAAGACACUUUGUUGACUCAUGCGAGAGAUGUGUAUACCCUUGAGAUUUUCAAAGUGUUCCAAGAACAAUAUUUGAAGGGUAUGUCACAUUUUUUAAAAUUAAUCUCACAGAAUUGUCAUGACUAUGUGUAUCAUGUUUGGUUGAAUGGGGUAGAUAUGAUUAGACACAGUGUUACUUUUAAUCGGCAUGACAACACAGUGACAUGCACUUGUAAGAUGUUUUCUGAAGUUGGCAUUUUUUGUAGACACAUUUUGCGUAUAUAUAAUGUGCAUUGUGUCAAAUGUAUUCCCCAAGUUUAUAUACUCUCUAGAUGGACAAAGGCUGCCAUUCUGCCAAAUGUUAAUCUUUCUGUUACGCACGGAACCGAUAUUAUGUCUGGCAAAAUAUUGGAAGAUUCUGUUUGGAGAGUGCAAAUGACUAGGAAAUUCAACUCAGUAUUGAGUGCAAGUGCUGGUUUUCCUGAAGCUAGACGAGUAUGUGAUCAAGGAUACGAGUCUAUUAAACAUUUUUUAGAUGCACAAAGAGAUGCUUCUGUUGUGGAUGAAUCUGCUUCUAGGACAAUAUUGGAUCCUCCACGGUCUCGUUCUAAAGGUCAGCGAAAUACCCGAAAGAGAAGUAUUGUUGAGAAACAGUGCAAAAUAGUCAAAGCUCGCCGUUCAAAAUCCCAAAAUGUUGCCUCCAAUUCAAAAGCAGUUGCUCAAUCUGUUGUACAGGACACUGUUAAUUUCAUGGUUCCACAAGGUUAUGUACUUGCUCAUCCAAUUGGAGGAAUGACGUCUUUAAUGCAUGUGUCUGGAUCUCCACAAGUUUUUGCUCCAUACUUCAUGCAAUCCAAUGCUUUGAACCAAAUGCAGAAUUAGUUAUAGUCACACAUGUUUGGAAAACCAAAUGCUUUGAGGAGUUUACAUAUCAUAUUGUGAACUUUUACUUUUGUUGCACCUUGAGUUACAUUUGAUUUUAUAGAAUUUAUAUUGUCUUUACAGUUUGUUUACAUGUCAUACAGCAUUGCCAUAAAUACAAGACGCAAUCAAGUUUGUUUACAUUUAUUUAUAUUACAGAAUGUAAUCUGUGCAGUCACAGCUCAGUAACAGUAGUUACAUUGUUUUUCCCUUCA